CAUGGAGCCAUGGCCUAUAGGGUCCUGGGCCGCGCGGGGCCACCUCAGCCGCGGAGGGCGCGCAGGCUGCUCUUCGCUUUCACGCUCUCGCUCUCCUGCACUUACCUGUGUUACAGCCUCCUGUGCUGCUGCGACGACCUCGGCCAGAGCCGCCUCCUCGGCUCUCCUCGCUGCCUCCGCGGCCCCGGCGCGGGCGGCCAGAAACUUCUCCAGGAGUCCCGCCCCUGCGAUCCCUCGGGCCCGACGCCCGGCGAGCCCGGCGCUCCCAGCGCGCCCGCCGCCGGCGCGCCCUCCCCUCGCCUCUCUGGGUCCAACCACUCCGGCUCUCCGAAGCUGGGUACCAAGCGGCUGCCCCAAGCCCUGAUCGUGGGCGUGAAGAAGGGGGGCACCCGCGCCGUGCUGGAGUUUAUCCGCGUGCACCCGGACGUGCGGGCCUUGGGCACCGAGCCCCACUUCUUCGACAGGAACUACGGCCGCGGGCUGGACUGGUACAGGAGCCUCAUGCCUCGGACCCUCGAGAGUCAGAUCACACUGGAAAAGACUCCCAGCUAUUUUGUCACUCAAGAGGCCCCUCGCCGGAUCUUCAACAUGUCCCGAGACACCAAGCUGAUCGUGGUCGUCCGGAACCCCGUGACCCGCGCCAUCUCGGAUUACACCCAGACGCUCUCCAAGAAGCCAGACAUCCCUACGUUCGAGGGCCUCUCGUUCCGCAACCGCACGCUGGGCCUGGUGGACGUGUCCUGGAACGCCAUCCGCAUCGGCAUGUACGCGCUGCACCUGGAGAGCUGGCUGCGUUACUUCCCGUUGGCUCAGAUCCACUUCGUCAGCGGUGAGCGGCUCAUCACCGACCCGGCCGGCGAGAUGGGGCGCGUCCAGGACUUCCUGGGCAUCAAGAGACUCAUCACGGACAAGCACUUCUAUUUCAACAAGACCAAAGGAUUCCCUUGCUUGAAAAAAACAGAAUCGAGCCUCCUGCCUCGAUGCCUGGGCAAAUCCAAAGGCAGAACUCAUGUACAGAUCGACCCUGAAGUGAUAGACCAACUCCGGGAAUUUUAUAGACCAUAUAAUAUUAAAUUUUAUGAAACUGUUGGGCAGGACUUCAGGUGGGAAUGAGCCAAGGAGAUUCAGGGCUCUUCCACUAGUCUCUUCCAUGAGGUUUGCCCUGAAGGCCUCUGACCCUCUUCCCUCAGCGAAUCCAGGCUCCAGCCCCUCUUCCCUUCUUGGGUUCCAUCCUCUUGGAAUGGGGAAGUCCAGCUAAAGGCCAAGAGACCAGUGUGUGUGUAUGGGGCGGGGGGGAGGGGGUCCCUGCCACUAGCUCUCCCCAGUCUGUCCAGGCAAAGUUGAUCUAUUUCUGGCAUGUCCAGUCAGUUCCUAAUAGUUUCCUUUCAGCCCAUAAGAGGCCUUGGGAAAUUGUUUUAGGAAGCACAGAUCUUCUGAUUAUAGAUACAUAUUAUAAGUGGUAAUGGUUCUGUUGCUAUGAACAAAGCAGUCUGUUCCGUCACCAUCCACCCUGGAGCAGCUUUGUUAAUUCCGAGUGGCAUGUACCUCCCUUCUGAGCUUAACUCUCUGGAGCCGCCCUGGGUGAUGGAUGGGGACCAGCCUCAUUCUCCUGACCUUAGCAGCUCGUGCAGAGAUUGUGGAGCUGGAAGUGUUCCUCCUGGCCACCCUUAGGAUACAGACCCUUUGCUGAUGAAAUAAACCAGUGAUUUCAAAGCCUGUGGUUUCAACUCUGCUUGAAGGGGAACUGUCUUUGAAAAACACCCUGUGAUCCUCCCUGCUCCCUGUGGACAAAAGCACAUAAUUCUGCUGUUACGGGUACUUUCCUCACGCGAGCUUUCAUGUUCAGCAUGCAAUGGAAUCAUGCUUGUCCAUGUGAAAUAAAUACGGCUCUCUCGUGUC